AUGAAAAUUAAUUCACAUCCUGAAAAAAAAUUAGAAGGAAUACUAAAGCAAGAGAUCUUGUUUAAAAGUGCUAAAAAAAUGAUGAAGGAAUUAAGUAAGAUUGUUGAAACUAUGCUAAUUAGAGAAAGACAUUUAAGGGUUACCCAGUAUGGAUUAUGAGGAAAGUUCAGCCAAUUUAUAUAAUUUUAUUGUCAAUCGGAAAGUUGAGAAUACUGCCAACUACAGUACUAGGGCUCAUCCUUUAAAGAAGACAUAAAGAACUCUCUCUUUUGAAUUGAUAAAACCAAAAAUGUCAGAUGCUAAGAUUAAGCAUUUACGCUUUGGAAGUAGGGAAGGAAAGAGAAUGUAGAGUAGGAACAUAUAAAAAAUAAGAAGAAGAAGUUGUUGUUGUUCUGAUUGUGGACAUGAUAAUACUAAAAUAAUACAUCUAAUGUAUAAAGGUGCAACUUGUCAUCGUUAAGUAGAAUAAGCACAUUAAUUAAAGAAAAAAAGAGAUUUUGCAGAUGAUGCUUUUCGAUUUUGUAAAUAUUACAAUAAUUUCUUUAAGCAUAAAAGAUUGCAAGAAGAAUGAUUCUAAUAAAAAAUAAAUUAUCUUCUAAGACAAUCUUAUUUAGAAAACGUUGUAAUUCUUGUGAUACUCGAUUAUCAAAAGAUAUGCUUAAUUAACAUAAAUAAGUAGCUUUUUAGGUUCCAUAAAGAAAAGAAACACAUUCAAAAACAUAAAUGAGACAUACUGUAUUUAUGAAAAGACAAUAAACAAUCAAUGAUAAAUUAUUACUUAUACCAAUUAAAAAUCUCAAAGUGGUGUCAGAAAUACAAUUACCUAUAAAAACAUUACCUACAUAACCCAGUAAUACAUCUUCAAAGAUUUUAAAGAAGAAACAUUUUAAUCGUACUUAUGUUCCAGUAAAUCGAUCUAUUCUCCCUUAAUUGAGUCCGUCAAAAUUUACAAUCAAUAACAAUAAAUCAAUAGAUAACUAAUUAAAAUCUUAAAUUAGAUAAUAAGUAAAGGAAUUGCAAAAACCACUUAAUGAAUCGAAAAAAAACUCAAUUGCGAGUCUCACUAAUCCAUAUCGUAAUAUCUCUUAAUUAGAUUACUUGCUGAAAGUAAGAAGAAGACAAUGUAAUUAUUGA